AUGGUUCUCGAUCCGAUCAGCGCGCUGAGUAUUGCUGCAAGCGUCGUGCAAUUUAUCGACUUCGGUACGAAAUUGAUCUCAAAAAGUCGGGAACUGGCACGGAGUUCAACCGGCGCGCUGGUCGAGCAUGGACAAAUGAAAGCGGCCUCAAAUCGGCUCAAAGAGCUGGAUGAUGGCCUCCUGAACUCACUUUCCAUCUUGACCGCUAAAAAUAAGAAGUUGACGGAAGCAGAAGCGGCCUUGAGGGGCGUCUCUCAAGAAUGCAGAGAUAUGGCUGUAGAUUUCAGUCACGCAUUAAGCAGGUACUCUGUGGAACCUGGACAAAAUGCAUGGGAGAGCUUCCGCAAGGUUCUCAAGGCCGUGUGGGACAAAGAGGGCAUCGAGGCAAUGCGGCAACGGUUGAACGACCAAAGACAGCAGCUGUCUCUCAAUAUACUGAUAGUGAUGAGUGAUUCCCAGACCCAAAUCCUGCAGGACCUCCGCGCUGAGGGCAAACGCGUCGAGGCUAGCAUCCUAGACGCCGUUCGCCAAUCCAAUACAGACCUACAAUCGACCCUCGCCAGAUUUGCUCGAGACUUUGCCAACAAUCCCAGGAAACGUGAUUUGGACAGGCUCAAAGCGGACCGGGAUCAAUAUAUCUCGGGGCAAAGGAACGCCAUCGACGCAGUUUCAUCUGACAUUCACGAGCGCAUCAACGUAGACAACCCUAAACGCAUGCGAGAGUACAUUCUCAGCACCCUGUAUUUCGCGCAAAUACGGGAGAGACGGUCUCAGAUCCAUUCUGCUCAUUGGAAGACGUUCGAUUGGAUCUUCCAGGCAUCAGACCCGCAUGACCCGUCAUUUUCCAAUUUCAUCGAAUGGCUUGAGGGUGCGCCUUCACCUCAAGGCCUCUACUGGAUCUCUGGGAAGCCGGGCUCGGGGAAGUCGACGCUGAUGCGGUACUUGUCCGAAGAUGCGCGGACCAAGAAUGCGCUUGCCGUCUGGGCCCAUUCGAAACCUAUAUUAUACGCCAGUUGCUUCUUCUGGCUCGCAGGCACCGAAACGCAGAAGUCACUCAAUGGCUUGCUGAGGUCUCUUCUCCAUGACUUGCUAAUGCAAGUGCCUUCUAUGAUACCCGAGGCAGCGCCAUGGCGCUGGCGAGCCGCUGACUUCGGCUUCAGUCUACCUCCAUGGACGAACUCCGAGUUGCUCGAGGCGUUCAACAGGCUUGUCGAAGUGUCAAAGCAGACACAUUGUUUGUUUAUUUUCAUAGACGGCCUGGAUGAAUUCGACGGCGACCCCGACCAACAGACUGAACUCCUCACAUUUUUGGUAUCGUUAUCUGAAUCCGAUUCUAUCAAGCUAUGCGUUUCCAGUCGGCACUAUCCCAUAUUCCAGACAGCCUUCGAAGGGUUUCCAGCUUUGCGGCUGGAAAAUUUGACCCGCAACGAUAUCAAGAUUUUUGUCGAGGAAAGGUUCCAAGACCUCAAAGACUUCAAGUCGUUACAACAAAUCUAUCCUCAAGAAAGCAAAGAACUCGUGUUGGAGAUUGUCAAGAAGGCCCAAGGAGUGUUCCUCUGGGUGCAUCUCGUGGUUCGAUCCUUACGUCAAGGCGUAAUUGAUGGUGAUUCAGUAACGGCGCUUUCUCGCCGCCUGGAAGAGAUCCCCGACGACCUGGACGAGUUCUUCCGACGCAUCAUCAACGGCAUCCCUCGUCACCAGCGCAAAUACGCGUCUUUGUACUUCAGAAUCAUGCUGGCUCGUUCUUCAACGAAGCCGCCACUCCUGUCUUUGUUCUUCGCCGAAGAGGAAGUCCCGGACUUUGUCGACAAAACGCCGUUGCGAGCUUGUCAUCCUGAGAUCGUGCAAGCUCGGCGGCGGGCGAUGGAACGGAGACUCGAGAGCCGCUGCAGAGGCUUGCUCGAAACGCAGAAGCAUGAUCAGGACCUUUCCCCGCCCGUCGGCCGUCAAAUGGAAUACUAUGUGGACUUCCUUCACCGCAGCGUGCGGGAUUUUCUGCUCUCCAAGACCACGCAGAGCGUUGUGAACGAAUAUUCUUCCGGCGCCUUUGAUCCCAAUGACUUUCUAUGCAAGGCGACGCUUGCGCAACUCAAAAUGGCCGAUUCGCAGUCCGUGGAUGUGCCCAACCUUUCCAGGGCCUUCUUGGAGCAUGCUAGAGCGCUGGAGAACUCUUCUGGCGCCGCCCAUCCUAGACUUUUUCACACAUUGACAUCCCUGCUCAAGCAUCACGCUCCAGACUGGCCCUGUUCACCCGGAUCGUACGUCGCUCUGGCUCUGGCCUUCUCGGUUGAACGGUACGCAACUGACGUGAUCAGAACUGGAUCCUUAAAUGUGAACACCGUGUACGUGCACCCGCUGAUCUCCGGAGCUCGUUCUACUCUCCUGGAGUACAGCCUGUUUUGUGAGUCGCCCUCGGCCAGCGACAUGCCGUCCGGAAGGGUCACUCUGCUCGAAUCCGCUGCAAUUGCUCUCCUUGAACACGGCGCAAACCCAAACGAUGACAGAAGCGGUCACUCCACUUGGGAAAGUUUCCUUACUGCCGCUUCCCAUCUGAAGGCUGCGCGCUCCGAGCUAAAUCCUUCCUGGGCGCGAGUAGCACGAGCUUUUGUUGUGAAUGGAGCCGCCCGGAAAGCGGCAGACCCAAUACAAUCGCGAGUCCAUACGAAAGUGGUUGCAGGCAAGCGUUUACGAUACGCCAUUAGCGAGCCCGAAGACCUUGCCGAUACCGUCGAGACGGUGUUCAAGGGCCAGGGAGGGGAAGAAUACGCCGCCAUUCUGCGGCAAAACUCGUCGACUUUGGGCCUCGUAAAGCGAGUCUUUGGCAGAUCAACGCAAAGGUGA